AUGGGGUCGCGACAUGUCGCGACCAAUACCCGUGAGGACAACGUGUCUGGCUUCGCAGGCAUUCCGGCCAACAUGACAGGCAUGGCAGAGAAGAUGAAGCAUGGCGGCUACCGGACGCACCUGGUAGGCAAGUGGGAUGUUGGUAUGGCCUUGCCCACACCCCGUUGGGGAAGGGCUGUGACUCGGGGCUAUUUCCAGCAUGCCAACGACUACUGGCAAGAAAGCAUGCCCUUGGCAUCCACAGGGGACGUCGACCGAUGUCCAGCCUUGGGCGGUUUUAUUUCCAAGGACCUGGACAGUGGCCAACAUCUGGCGAUGAGGAGAUAA